CAUGGAUAAUGGAUAAGCAAUGAAUCAGUCAAUCUGGUCAAAAUAUUUCUUAUUCUAAUGGUUGUAUAUGAAGGAAAUUGGAAACAUAUCUAAAUUGAGUUCCCCUUAUGAAAUGACAUAUUCAACUGAGUCCAUAAAAGUUGCCAGACCCUUUCCAAACUUUGAUUGUUUCAAAAGGGGCAUUCAUAAGGAGCUUCAUUCCCCCAAUCUCUGCGGCCAGUUUCACUCAAUUUCUAAAUCCAUUUCAAUACAUACGAGAUGUCUACUUCUGCGGAUGUAUACACCAAUGGGAAUAGUCAUGAUCAUAUCUUGCGUCCCAGACCCCAAAAUAGCUCUAACCCAACAAUUGUUCGAACAAUAAGUGAGGAGGGGUUAUUACCAGUCAAUAAUUUUAAAGACUUCUCUGAAGAUGGUAUUUCUACAGGCCCAACUAGUGGACGUACAACACCUGUUCCCGAAGAUGCACCUCCCUCCGUUCAAUCGAUGUUCUCUGCGAAGAGACAAGUCAAAGCAGAGCAGAAACGUCGUAUUUUCCCUAUAAUCGAAUACACCUCAAGAGUCUCGCACUUAGAUCCACAUAGUGAUCACCAUGAUUUCACUGGAUUUUACAUUUUGUUUUGGAUUGGUCUUGCUAUCAUGGCAAUCACAACGAUGUUGCGAAAUAUCAAGGAUACCGGUUAUCCCAUGAGAGUGGAGAUUUGGCAAUUAUUCACAGUAAAGGUUUGGGAACUUGGGGUCGCAGAUGCAUUAAUGGUCGCAUCUACAUCCAUAAGUCUUCCCCUUCAUAAUUUCUUCAGAAGUAAGACAGGUAAAUCUUUGGGGUUUCAAUGGACCAGAGGAGGGAUGGCCAUCCAGAGUUUAUACCAAAUUAUUUGGAUGGCAUUUUGGGUUUCCAUACCAUUCCUUCGAGAUUGGACAUGGACAGCUCAGGUUUUUCUUUUACUUCAUACUAUGGUCCUACUUAUGAAAAUGCAUUCAUAUGCAUUUUACAAUGGUCACCUUAGCGAAACCGAACGACGAUUACAAGAGCUUGACUCUCCAGCAACUGCUUCAAAAGCACCAGCAUAUCAAUAUCCAAGUCCAAGUCCAGGUCACAAGAGAACAGCGUCAGAGAUCAAAGCUCUUACUCAGACCAAAGCUGACGAGGUUGCGAGUCUUAGGGAGGAUUUAGCUCUCGAAUUGACGUCUACCAUGGGCUCGGUCACAUACCCUCGGAAUCUCACGUGGUACAAUUAUGUCGAUUAUAUUUUCUGCCCGACACUCUGCUAUGAGCUCGAAUAUCCUCGCACAGCAGGUAUAGUCUGGUCAGAAUUGGGAUACAAAACUCUUGCUACGUUUGGUGUCAUUUUCUUGCUCACUAUCACAUCCGAAGAAUUCAUCCAUCCCGUUAUGACCGCAUCGGCAACGAGACUUCAAACUGUAACCUCGUUUACCGAAAAUGCCCUCGUCGUUGCUGAAUCAAUCAGCUUACUUCUCUUUCCUUUCAUGAUUACUUUCCUUCUCGUAUUCCUGGUAAUUUUUGAAUUCGUCCUCGGUGCAUUUGCUGAGAUAACUUGCUUUGCAGAUCGCCACUUCUACUCUGACUGGUGGAAUAGUACAGACUGGAUGCAAUUCUCCCGCGAAUGGAAUAUUCCUGUCCAUCACUUCUUCCAUCGUCACGUAUAUCUCGGCUCUCGCUCGUAUAUUGGCAAAGGGGGAGCCACUUUUAUAACUUUCUUCAUCAGUGCCAUUGGCCAUGAAAUAGUCAUGGCUUGUAUCACUAAGAAACUUCGAGGCUAUGGAAUGGUACUACAGAUGAGUCAACUUCCUAUCAUUUGGUUACAGAGUAGACCGUGGGCUAGAGGGAAGAAGGUGUUGAAUAAUGUGUGUUUUUGGUGUAGUAUGAUAUUGGGGUUGAGUGGUAUGUGUAGUUUGUAUGUUUUAUUGUGAGACAGGGAGGGGGGUGAGAAGAGCAGAGUUUGGCCCCGGAAGAGUGGCCAUUUCAUAUACCAUUAAAGGGGAAGGUGUAUUAUAUGGGAGGCGUCGUUGGUGACUGGCUGGUGUGUUGAGCCUCUAUAAACUGCAUAGAUGGGUACCAGAACGUGCACUGCUUAGUCUUAUAAUUUUCUUUGACUCAUCACAAGUUAGAUACCACAAUUUUCAAUCAUCGUUUCUUUUGCUUUUCGUUCCCUUUGUCCGUUACAUUUCUCAUCACGCGCGAUUACAUAGAUCUCAUCACAAUAGUUUGUAUAUGGAUUCAUACCGUAUCCGAAAUGUAUUUAAACUUUAUACAUACUACUCGCUA